CUUCCCGUCCAACCCCUCUAUAUAUCAGCCGUCCGUCCGUUGCACCAGCUCCCGUUUUUUAUUCUCCUAUCAAUUAUUAAGUUAAUGUUAUAAUGUCCGUCCCUACCGGCCGAGGCGUUGGUGUAGUUGAGUUCUAACUUCGCAACUCCUCCACACCUCCCCUCUCUUUUAUUCCUCUCUCUCUCUCUCUCGUCGUCGCAUUGCCGGCAUUGCGAUCUUCGCCCGACCGCCGGCGGCGAUGAUGAUGAGGAGGGUGGCGGCGUCGCUGGUGCCGCCGUGGCUGGAGCCCCUCCUCACCACAUCCUUCUUCGCCGCCUGCCCUUCCCAUUCCGACGCCGCCAGGAGCGAAUGCAACAUGUACUGCCUCGACUGCUCCUCCUCCACCUCCGGCGCCUUCUGCUUCUACUGUCGCUCCGACCGCCACUCCGGCCACCGGGUCAUCCAGAUAAGGCGGUCAUCGUACCACGACGUGGUGCGGGUGGCGGAGAUCCAGAAGGUUCUGGACAUCACCGGGGUGCAGACGUACGUGAUCAACAGCGCGCGCGUGCUCUUCCUCAACGAGCGCCCCCAGCCACGUGCGGGCGCCAAGGCCGCCGCCUCCCCUCACACGUGCGAGAUCUGCGCCCGCUCCCUCCUCGACCCCUUCCGCUUCUGCUCCAUCGGCUGUAAGCUGGCGGGGAUAACUAGGAAUGGGGACGCGAGCUUCGUGCUGAAGGGGAGCGGCGGAGAGACCGAUGAGCAGGCGAGCGAGAGCGGGAGGGCGGAGGAGGAUAUCAGGCGGUUACCGGACCGCGGAGGUGGAUCGCGUGAAGGGCCAAGGAGCGGCAUCGGGCUCCCCGCGCCUUCUUCUUCGUCUUCGUCGUCUGCUUUGCCCAGCUCGAGGAGGCGAAAAGGAAUUCCCCACCGCGCCCCUUUUGGCUCCUGACGGCGAAAAAAAGGGUGGAAUCCUGCAACUAUUUGUUUCUUCACUGUCCUGUAAAGUAAAGGGCUUAUGGAGAAGGAUAAGACGAUGUGCAGGUAUUAUUAAGGGAAGACCACCUUCCCUACCAUCCGUCUGGACUCAACCAAUCAGAUGGGCCUGGGAUCAAAUUGUCCUUGCUGUUUGCUGGCAAGUGUGGAAGGAGGGAAAUGACAGGUGUUUCUUAGGAAGAAAACCUCUCCUACUGCAGUGCUCAUGGCAACUUUAAUCCCAUGCUUGGAGUGCUCCAUGCUUUGGCGAAAGAGCUGAAAGUCAUGGUAAUUUGCACUGAACCUAAGUCAUCUGUAACUCUAGCUCUUUCCCUGUGUAAACCUUUCUUUUUUUUAUAAUAAAAGCUGGUUGAGGGAAGUGUUCAGCUUUCUCCAAUCUUCUCUGUUUUUUAUUUGAAAAACUGAAAAAGUAUUUAUUAGCCGGAAGCAAUGAAGAAAAUUUUGAUGUUUGUUAAGAUGU